CGGAGUACAGCGCAAGUCCUCACCCUUCUCCGAUUCCCUUACCUGAUCCAGAUUUCCACCCGCACCGCCGUCGCCGCCACCGCCACCGCCACCGCCGCCGCAAUGUCCUUCUCUCAGCCUUUCCACCCCGACUCGGUCAGGCACCGACAUCACCCCUAUCACCACGACUCUCCUCCUCCUCACCGUCCACGCCCCCGCGGCCGUGACCAUGACGACGCGUACCACAUCCAUCCCCAAUCGUACCCCCAGCCAUGUUCCUAUACCAACGCCGCCACUGCCCCCUACCACGUGCGCCGCGACCCGCUGCCCAACCCCCACCUCCAGGAACCUAUCUUUCCGCAACCCCCUCAACGGGCCCCGGCCCCGGGCCCGCCUCCGCCGAAGCGGGCUCGCCGCGCGCCAGAGCCCCGGUGUGAUCCGCCGGCUGCGGCCGUGCCACGCCUGUUGCCGACGAGACAACCCGAGGAUGGUGACACCAGGGCGUUGCUGUCGCGAGAGGAGAUCGAGCGAAGAUCACCUUCGUGGAAGGACGGCAUCGACUCCGCUUUGGAGGCAAGGUUGCGCGCGUCCUACUGCGCCUACCUGCGCUGCCUCGGCUUCCGCCUUGGGCUGCCGCAGACGACUAUUGCGACGGCAGUGGUGUAUUGCCAUCAGUACUUUUUCCACAGAUCCCAUGCCUGCAACGACAGAUUUUUGGUUGCAACUGCGGCAUUAUUUCUGGCGUCAAAGACAGAGGAAACAACAUGCCUUUUGAAUACAAUUCUUAGGGCUUCAUGUGAAGUUUCUGAAAACCAAGAAUUCAACCUCCUUCCUUACAUAUCGCGUGGUCAAAACUGGUUUGAACUGUACCGAGAAAGUGUAAUACAGGCGGAGCAAAUGAUACUGACAACACUUGAUUUUGAACUUGAAGUGGCCCAUCCAUAUACUUCACUUUCAUCUGCUUUGAGCAGACUAGGACUUUCACAUUCCGUUCUAUUUAAUGUUGCCUUGAGUCUGAUUAAUGAAGGGCUUCAGAGUUCUCUUUGGCUUCAGUUCAAACCUUAUCAUAUUGCGGCUGGAGCUGCAUUCCUGGCUGGAAAAUUCCUCCGCUAUGACAUAACCUUUCACCAAAAUUUCUGGCACGAGUUCAAAACGACACCACAUAUUGUUCAAGAUGUUGUCCAACAGUUGAAGGAGCUACUUUAGAACGGUGGGCGAAGCACCUUGUGUCGUUGGUAAAUAUACAUGGUGAAAACAAACGUAAUACAAACAUAAUCAUUUGUAAUCCAUUCACGAUUAACAUCCUUCAAAUUGUUUACCCGAAUUUUUGGUUGUAGUUAUUUCUCUUCUGUCUGCAGUUGGUCUUUGCGCCCCAUGGGGCAUUGUCUCUUCAACUGGUUCAUUUAACUUUCUUCAUAUUUUAUUAUGUUUCAAAUAAUAAACUUAACAUCUGGGCUGUAA